AUGUUUACACAAAAGAAAGAUGAUAAUAGUGAACACAAAAUAAAGGGAAAAGCACGAGUUUUUAUAAUGACUCAAAAGGAUGCAGAGGAUAACUCAAAUGCGAUAGCAGGUAUAUUACUAAUCUCUGAUACACCUGCUUAUGUACUGUUUGAUUCAAGAGCUAUUCACUCUUUUGUAUCAACAUCUUUCAUUUCUAAAUCUAGUAUUAAUUGUGGUAAUUCAAAGAGUACACUAGAAGUUAGCAUCCCCCUCAGGCAGAACAUUGAACACAGAUUAUAUCGAUCUUACAAGCCCGAGAAAAUGUUGAGAAAAGAAAUAUCUCAAGGGUUUCUAGUUAGCAUCUUUGGAGAAAAAUCGACAAUAGUAAAGAUUGAGGAUGUACAAGUGGUACAAGAAUUUAUAAAUAUGUUUCCAGAAGAACUACCUGGUAUUCCACCAAGUAGACAAGUGAAAUUCACAAUACAUCUGGUUCUCGGAGCGGCAUCAGUAUCUAAAGCUCUAUACAGAAUGGCUCCAAAGGAACUUCAAGAGUUGAAAAUUCAACUACAAGAAUUGUGA